AUGAUUCCCGACCAUCUAUUUGAAGAGAGUAUAAACAAUGCACUAUUACUCAAUGAAAUGAAGCACAUUCACAAGAACAAAGACGUGUACGAAAAAUCUCCAAGAGAUUACGAGCGUGCUAAGCGGAACAUGCUGUCGUCACAAGAUGGUGAUACCUGUGAAAUACACGAUCAAUUUUAUCGGGACCACAAAUUGUUAUUGGUUCUCUUCAGAGCACUAGCCGUUAUGCCCAUAACGCGAUCGCGCCCAGGUACAAUAACGUUCAGCUGGCGUUCUAGAGCUACUGUUUACGCAAUAUGUUUUUAUAUAAUUACUACAUUCAUCGUACUAUUCGUUGGUUAUGAAAGAAUUAUGAUAUUGCGAUCGAUAAAAAAGUUUGAUGACUAUAUUUACGCUGUUCUCUUCGUUGCAUUUCUUGUUCCCCACUUCUGGAUACCUUUUGUCGGUUGGGGUGUAGCACAUCAAGUGGCUAUAUAUAAAACGAGCUGGGGAAAGUUUCAAGUGAGAUACUAUCGAGUUACGGGUGAAAAUCUGCAGUUUCCUAACUUAAAAACAUCUAUUGUUAUUAUAAGUGUGGGUUGUUUGCUGCUAGCUGUAUGUUUCCUUCUAUGUCUGUGUGCGUUACUGGAUGGCUUUUUGUUACGUCAUACAGCAGCUUAUUUUCAUAUUAUCACGAUGAUUAAUAUGAAUUGCGCUCUCUGGUACAUCAAUUGUAGAGGAAUAAAGACAGCUUCACAAAAUCUCUCUAAUUGUUUUCGCCGAGAUGUAAAUGUAGAAUGUACUGCCCAUUUGAUAUCCAGUUAUCGUUUCCUUUGGCUCAAUUUAUCAGAGUUGCUGCAAUCUCUUGGUAAUGCUUACGCUCGUACUUAUUCCACAUACUGUUUGUUCAUGUUUUUCAACAUUACAAUUGCGGUUUACGGCGCUCUAUCAGAGAUAGUGGACCAUGGUUUUGGCUUCACCUUCAAGGAAAUGGGCUUAUUUGUAGACGCUGCAUACUGCUCGACAUUGUUAUUUAUAUUCGCUGAUUGCUCACAUAAGUCUACCCUUAAAGUAGCAGCUGGUGUACAAGAGACGCUUCUAUCCAUUGAUGUUUUAUCUGUUGAUAGACCAACUCAGAAAGAGAUCGAUCACUUCAUACAAGCCAUUGAGAUGAAUCCGGCUGUAGUAAGCUUAAAGGGAUAUGCUCAUGUCAACAGAGAAUUGCUUACAUCGGCCAUUAGUAUGAUCGCUAUCUACUUAAUAGUCCUCCUACAGUUUAAAAUAUCUUUACCCAAGGAGCCUCAGAUUGCUGUCAAAUAA